CCAAAACCCACACAUUUCCACUUCCACAGCUUAUCCAGGCCGUGACAAACUAUCAGGAAGUUCAUGGCACCCUCACGAUUGACCCAGCGCGGGGGAUUCCCUCCGGCAAAUCACCAAAUUCCAACGUCUUUAAGCAUAAAACAGCUUCAGCCUCAACAGCCAAUGCAGUGCGCUAGAUGAAUUUGGCAUACUGGGUUGCGAUACCAAUGACGUCUUUGCUUUCAAGUCUAUUCUCAAGUAGAGUAUGUAGUUUGGAGUUGAAUCGACAGGGUGGAUCUUGCUCAGGAACAGACUUGGAGUUGUUUUUGAGAUGGGCUAUUGCAUGUCCUGCUACUUAGCCUUGCCUUGGGUGUUUAUUUUUCUGGUUGCUGUUAUUAAGGUUGUCUUCCUUCCCAAGACAGGGGUGCUUUUGUAUUGCAGUAUAGGGAUGGCCUAUGAGGUUGCGAACUUCGACUGGGUGAUGUAGGCGCCUUGGGGCUCAGAAGGAGUUAAUGAGGUCUAGACCAGUAUCUUUAGAAGGGGAUUCCAUUCAUGUUUCGUCUCAAUUAUCC